AUGAAGUGCAGCACACUUGCAUCAGUUACAUCAAUUUUGAGCAUUAUUGGGCCUGCACUUGCUUUGGAUGGUUAUACUUGUCUUGGUCAAAAUGUUAAACACAGUUUGCUCAUGGAUUGUGUUAACACACAUUACCACACCUUCUUGCAACAAUUUCCCACACACGAAUUUUUUAGGUCUGAUGAUAUAGUUGUUCCUUUUGAUGUUACCUUACCUUUUGCUGGACAGAACGCCCCACCAGAUCCAUAUUCAAGGAUAAGAAUUUCAUUCAGAAGAACAAAAAAAAUUAUCAAAGUGGAAGCAAUUGUAUCUGGUCAGAUCCAUGAGUGCCAACCCGUUGCUAACUGGUCGUAA